AUGCCUUACGUUAUGGUCAUAUCGAUUUCAGCGAGUGAUUCUCGAUGCUACGGAGUCGACGUCGAGGAUUCAGCUCAAAUUUUCAUUCCGAUUCUGAAGAAACGAUUCCCAACACAAAAUCCCAAUCUUCCAGAGAGAUUUUUUCAUAUCGUAAACACAACUCCGACAGAGAUUCUGAACAUUGCCGAAAAAGGCGGUCUAAAGGUGAUCUCGUCGAGUGCGGCUACAAAUCAAGCAUCUGACCAAUGUUCUCCUAUUUUGGUCGGCUUCUCGCUACUGCUCGGCACUUUUUAUAUGCUUGGACCAGCAAUGUUCGCGACAUUUUUUAUCGAGCGAAUCGUUGCGAUGCUUAAAGUUGAUACCUACGAGCGGAUUCAUUAUCAGCCAUUCAUCCUCACAAUGGCCAUCGUUUCAACGGUUUUUGCCCUCACUGUUGCCUCUGUCUACACUUUUGGAUGGUACGAAAGGUUAGCUUUGGAUCUACUUGUCUUGAAAAAUGCGUUUAAGACAACUUUUUGCCCAACUGCUGCACUAGCUCUGUACAGUAAACUAGAAGGAAUUGUGAAAGAUGAAGUGAGGGAGUCC